GGAGGUCUUAUACGGCUGCCAGUUUGCCCAUCGGUUUUGCGUUUUGUGGACUCCCCUUUUUAUAAAACCAUCAAUGUGAUUGUCCCUCCUACAAUAAUGACUCCCACGGAGUUUAUUUUUACUCCUGGCAAACGAUCCUACGAGCGGCUGCUCAAUUUUCGAAUUAAUCCAGACCAAGCAGAAACGAUAACUUACCACAGUCGUCGCCUGGAUGAUAACCGUCGGGAGUUCGGUGUGCAGGUGAUCAUGCGAUUUGGCAAGCUGGAGCCCUCUGUUCUUGUUGACAUUGAUGCAGCGUCAUCUUCACAGUCAUCAUGUUCCACCGCAGGCACUACUACGUUCCCCCCAUUUGUGGACAGUAUGCCCAUCCAUCUAUUUGUUCAAGUGAACGGUAGACUUGCUCCACUUCCACCCCUUCUUCCUACUUCCAGACCCAAUAUGGAUGGACGACGUAACGCCCGUCCCGUUCAUAUUACGCCCUUGUUACGCGUCUCUCCAUCGACGAGCAACCACGUAAAACUAACGUGGACACACGAAUACUCAACGUUUUCCUACCACUUUUUCGCCAUCUAUCUUGUUCGAAAACAUUCAACCAAAGAACUUUGCGAGGCUCUUCGAAGGCAUGCCUACCAACAUGCUCCUGUCACCCAGAAACAAAUUAUUGACAAGCUCGCCUCAAAUGCGAAUUCAAGCCUUGGUGAGGGGUUAGUAGAAGAGGGUGACGAUGAUGACCUGCAGAUUCAAAAUACCCUCCCUGUGCAGCUGCUCUGUCCACUCUCCAAGUGCCGCAUUAGUUUGCCAGUGAGAGGGCGCAAGUGUCAGCAUAUCCAAUGCUAUGACGCUAACACCUAUCUCCUCAUCAACGAGCGAAAGCCAGCAUGGAAGUGCCCCGUCUGUGACUCACUCGCACCAUUUCACGAACUUCUCGUUGAUGGCCUUCUGGUGGAUAUUUUAUCCGCAAAAGAGUCACAAGACGUGGAAGAGAUUAUCUUCAAUGAGGAUGGUUCAUGGUCUUCAGUAGGCGUCAUUGGUGCCGGCGGCUCCCAUCGCAAAUUUGCGGACGCCCCUCCAUCCCCUUCCGCAGCCGGUAGCGGUUCUAGCUCGCCCCCUCAUCUGUGUGGAAAUCCUCUCAAAAGGAGCGCUUCUACUAACACAACGACCUCAACUGUUUCCACAUGCAACGAGCACUCCGGUGGCACAGAACUGACGAUCGACCUGACGGAGUCGGAUGACGAAACCGAACCAACGGGGAAGCGUCAGCCCCCUCCAGCACCAAAUGGAGCACUGCGGGUACCGUCCUCUUUGUCUCAUCCACAUGAUCCGGCAAGUCUUUCAGUUCAGUACGGCGCCACGCAGCAUCAUCUGCAACAACAUCAACAACAACCAACCUCAGAAUCGAAGCCGGAUCCGCGUCGCGUCCACCUGGCGUCACUGCAUUCUGCCCAUUCAAUCCCCGUCUCUCGACCCUGUUCACACUCGGCUACCCCAAGCCCGCACACACCCCAAUCUCUAAAUCACGCCACCGGUAACAACAUUGUAUCCUCAAAACCAGCCCCCUCACCUGCAGGCGUGUCCUUUCCGAGUCCGCCAGCUUUCAGUUUGACUGCUGCUAACGAGUUCUUCUACAAGAUGGUUGCUCUUUAUCCUCACUUUAUGCCCCAGCAAAUUGCAGAGACCCUGACUGCACUGAAAAUAGUAAGCUCCCAGUAG